UCAGUCUCGCGUUCAGCGCGUGUGGAGAAACAGCUGCUCCGCUCGUUUCCUCGAGGAGUGAUGUGAUUGAUUCAGCUCUUCUCCAGGAGGAACCGACACUUCGAGAGGAGACACGACAGACAGUAGGAGAACCGAACCGAACCGAACCGGACCGAUACUAUCCGAACAGUCCCUGCGCGUGGAGCGAUGGAAUCCUCAGCUCGGCGCUCGCGAGGAAACACAGCAUCACCUCCAGCGGGAAGCAGCAGCGCAGCAUCUGAUCGUCAUUAUAGAUAAGCUGCUGGCUGAGAUCUGCCUCACUCAUGCCACAAAAUUACAGUGAGUCACGUGAAGAUGUGCUGUGGACCGGUGGCUUUGCCUCGUCCUUGAGCUCUUCCAGCUUGAGUUUGUGAAACUCCUUCAACACUGACCGUCGCCGUUCUUCCUCUCUAUCUCUUCUCAUGCUCUCCAUGGCUAAUCUUCUGAGCUGUGUUUUGUUCCUUUCUCUCCGGACGUAUGCCGCCCCGCCGGAGUACAUCCAAGUGUGGCCCGGCGGCUCGACGCCAACCCCGGUAGAUCUGGACAACGGUACGGUUGGCCCUUCUUUAGUUCCCCCUCCAGGAACAAGCAAACACGCUCCACACAGCAUCAUCAUCGGCGUGCGGAAAGGAGGCACCAGAGCGUUGCUGGAAAUGCUGGAUAUCCACCCAGAAGUAGCAGCGGCUGCCACUGAAGUCCACUUCUUUGACUGGGACGAGAACUACGGCAAAGGCUUCGAAUGGUACCGGGACCAAAUGCCCUAUUCGUACCCAAAUCAGAUCACCAUUGAAAAGACGCCGGGGUAUUUCACAUCUCCAGUGGCGCCUGCGCGGAUCCACGCCAUGAACUCUUCUAUCAGACUCUUGCUGAUCUUGAGAGAUCCGACGGAGAGAGUCAUAUCGGACUAUACGCAAGUCUACUUCAACCGCUUGGAGAACCACAAACCCGUACAAGCCAUCGAGAACAUGCUAGUCAAGAACGGCGCUCUGAACACACGCUACAAAGCCAUCCAGCGCAGUUUUUACGACGUCCACAUGAGGAACUGGCUUCAGCACUUUCCUCUGGAGCAGAUCCACAUUGUGGACGGGGAUACGCUGAUCCACGAUCCCUUACCAGAGCUUCAGCGAGUCGAACGCUUUUUGCAUCUGCCGCCACGGAUUGUGGCGUCCAACUUCUAUUUUAACCAGACCAAAGGCUUCUACUGCAUUCGCAGCGAUGGCCAUGAGCGAUGCCUGCACGAGUCCAAAGGACGGCCGCAUCCACCUGUUAACAGCACUGUUCUGCGACAGCUGCGCUCGUAUUUGCGCCAACACAAUCGGAACUUCUUUCAGCUCAUUGGACGUACUUUUAACUGGCAGUAGUGGGAGGGGCUGGAAUUAGCCAGUCACAGCCCAACUGGGGGGCUGAUUGACAGCUGAUGCACCGAACAAACCACUCCCCCAUGGACACGCCUCUUAAAGGGCCAGUUCACACCAAAAUGAAAAUUCUGUCAUUAAUUACUCACGCUCCUGUCGUUCAAAACCCGUAAGACCUUCGUUCAUCUUCGGAACAAAAAUUAUAUAUGAGCGUUCUCUGACCCUCCCAUCGACAGCAUGUUUCCAGACCCAGAAGCGACAAGAAACUCAACUUCAGUUUUUUGCGAAGCUGUGAGAAUAUUGAGAAAACACAUGUUUUAUUCGUGCAAAAAUAACAACUUUAUUCAACAAUUCCUCUCCCCUGAGUUACAUCAGCUGUCAUUUUGGAGAGUACCAAAGAACUUAAUGAAUGUAAU